AUGGAGAAGCAGGCUGAGAGCGGCACAGCGCAGAGGAGUAUGAUUACGAGUGGACCAAUAUUCCCUGACGAUCGCGAUCACGGUGAACAGACUGUCGAGUCUGGACGAACUUUCGGCCAAGUCCCCGGGUCCCCGGAAGCUCACGUCUACUAUGCGUCGCAGCAACGUCGCCACCGGACAUGGUACAUCCUGGUCGUCGGCGCGUUCGCGGCUCUUGUCGAUUCAACACCCCAAUAUGACCUGUGUGUCGGUUACUGUUCCGUCAGGGCUCGCUACACUCCCACGCCCGCGUCAGUGCAGUGCUCUCCCGAGACGACGUAUGUGACAGAGACGGUCACAGAGACCAGAACGGUCACCGAAACCAAGGAAAUUGCCACAACCAUGUACGAACCGACAACUGAGGACAUCACCCUGAUCGCAAUCUCGACCGUCUAUGUCACGAAUGAAUACACCACCACGGAGCAUGGGACCCAGAGCGUCGUAAAUUCGGGGAUUACAUCCUAUCCGGCCACGAUCACUACAUCUGUUUGCGCACCCAAGACCGUAUAUGGCCUCUCCCUUGGCGUUGAUCAAGAGCUCGUCGACCUUGAGCUGGGUAUCCUGGACCAGCAGACGGACUGCGCUUAUUACACGACAACAGUCUGGGCGACGGCCGCCGUGGAGACGGGUGGAAACGCUGCGUCGACAACUCACGUCCAAGUCUCUACGUCGGCAGAUCGUUCGACGGAUCGUUCGACGGAUGGUGUGACGCAAGUCAUCACCAGCACAUUGCUCCCUUCGAUUGAGUCUUCUGCGAAUGCGUAUACGUCCCUUUCGUCCUCGACUGCCACCACCAUCACGGCAUGCCCUGCUCCGACAACUACCCCGAGCAACGAUCUGGAAAGCCCGUACGACCGGAACUCCAACAGAACCUUCGGCUGCGUGCCUGGCUUUGUUUGUGACCCGCCGAAGCCUCUGGGAUGCAACCUUUGGGCUGACUCUCCGGCCGACGACUACGUAUGUGAGCUGAGGUACUGUGUCCACUCUCCGUCCUAUUCAAGAGUCCACUGGCCGGAGGGUGAAACGGGACACGUCCCGUUGGAUGAGGGAUACUUCAACCUUAACGCACAUGCCUUUGGUCUCCCAUACUCCAUCUUCGAAUCCGACACCAUCGUCAAGAAUGAGUAUGGCAAGACAUACACCAUCACAACCGGGAAUUGGGCUUCUGCGACGGAUCUCUCAGUGAUCCCAGCCCCUUCGCCUCUCGCCGUGCAACACGAGCCACCCCCUAUGCGUGGACUGCCAAACCAUGAGCGGCGCCAGGAAGAUGGUGCACCAACGGCUCCUGCGGUGUGCUUUGACGACUGCAACAACUGCUACAAGGAAGCACUGGCGGUGGGCAAGUCUCCGGCCCUCUGCGUAGCCGACUCGCAGUUUCAGCAGGACUUCCAACUGUGCAUAUCUUGUAUCGAUUCAAAUGCAGAUGAUGGCCCUUUAAUCCGCCGUCUCUAUGUCGACCAGAAGUUUGGUCAGUUUCUGAGUUUCUGCAAGGGCCUGGAGCCGGUCCCGGCGAACUCUACGUCGCGGAUGGAUACUCCCUCUGGAGCAAUUGCCACUUCAGAGCUCGUCACCGAGACAGAAACGCAACUACCCGGCGAAACAACCACAUCCGUCCAGCCGAUCGACUCGACGCCAGCACCGACACCGAGUACCAAGGAGACUUCCGGAGUCAAUACCAUAGUCCUUCCUCAGGAGACCUCCAGCUCGGACGUCUCCCGCUCUGGCAGGCCAACUUUCUCCAGUUCUGGCAACGAAGCAACCCAGACAACGACGGAAUCAACAUUACCACCUGUAAACCAAGACGAACCCAGUGAGACGAUGACGGAGCCAGGAUCAACUUCUGUAGAUCGAGACGAACGUCCUGAGACUGCUGGCUUCGAUGACCCAGCUCCCGAGGUAACCUUCAGCUCGGCUACGACUUCCAUUGACUCAGGACGGCCUGGGUCUAGACCCGAAGGCGCCGCAACUGGAGUCGAGCUGAGUCAGAGUAGUCAAAGUAGGGAACGCACAGAGUCAAUCAACCUGGAUGAUCCUGCUACGAACCCUAUAGCCGAUUCCGUUGAAGCCACUCCUACCAGGUCGAGAGACUUUUCGUCAUCCGCAAUAGGAAGCCCAAAUCAUGACACCGGGCCUGGAGAAGCGUCCAAUAGCACUAUCCCGAGGCAGAGCGAAGCCAUCGAAGAACAACCGACGGCUGCCACGCCGUCUUUCGCAACGGGCGCCUCAUCACACUUUGACAUUACGUUUCUCUGGGUGCUUGCACCGCUAGUAACCGCCAUCUUCAUCCACCGGCCACUCUAG